CUUCGAAGUUGGCUCAAAGUAGCCAACAAGCCUGGGCAAACAUGUCUGUGAACCAGGCCGUGCUUGAGGCCUUUCAACGCUUCGAUUUAGAUAAGAAUGGUUCGAUUAGCUUUGAGGAGCUUGUUCAAGUACUGAAGCUCUUAGACGAAGACGCGUGGGACGAUGCCAACAUCAACGCAUUGCUCGCACGGGCCGACAGCAACGGCGACGGCGCGCUGCAGGUGGUUGAAUUUUUGAACUGGAUCUUUGCAGAAAACGCCAACACCUUCGAUCUAGGCAAGAACUUUGAAGGAACCGUGGCCACCUCACUGGUGGUCUCUGGCUGCUCGCGCGACAUCAACGGCACUUACGUCCAGAAGCUGGGCAGUAGCUACAAUCACCGCCCCAUCUUCUAUUGCGCCGCUAGCAAGCGGCAUCUUUUCUACCACCGCGGCUACGGUCAAUGGUCAAUCUUCUGGAAGCCAAGUCAAAAGGCCACGGCCCGGCUAAAGACCCAGCGUGCGCCGCACAUGGCUGAAGAAAGCUGGGAGGUUUGGCAAAUUGGAAAGAAAGGCUUUGAAGAGGAGCCAGAUAUGACCUGCACACUAGAGAAGAAGACAGACGAGGAGCUGUUGGCCGAAGCGCCUAAAGGCGUCAAGGGUGGAGGCUAUGGGCAUUUCAAAAAGCAAGAGGAGCUGUUGAAUGGGCGGCCGGUGUACUUCAGUGCGGCGACGGACAACAUUGCGAGAAAACCUCUUUAUUUUGUUUAUGUCCAGAAGAAUUCAUGGGGGCUUGAGAAUGUGUGGAUGCUUUGUGAAGCGGCUGAGAAUGAUACCUAUGCCUGGCGCACAUCCGGGAAGACAUUUUGCUUUUCCCCUGAUCGAGCCCAUUGGCCCACGAGCUCUGAUUGGAAAGAGGCCCUCUAUGUGGAGGCGUUGUCGCUCAGUUUUGCAGAUCGAGGGGUGGAAGAAGGAUGGGUGGACCCCGCCUUUCCGCAUUCUGCAGAAAGCCUCGGAGGGACAUGCCAAGAGAUUGACGGGCAGGAGCCUGUGUGGCGGCGAGCACCUGCUCUGACUGUCAAUGAGCCGACGCUUUUCGGAGAAAAUACAGAGCCUGCGGAUAUUUGCCAAGGCCGCGUCGGAGAUUGCUGGCUGAUUGCUGCGAUUGCGGCUGUGGCGGAGUUUCCUCAUUAUUUGGAAGAUCAAGUUUUCGCGAGGAAGGAGCUCGCAGAGGAUGGGAAGUACGAGUUGCGUCUGUACGACCUCCACGCCGACAAGUUUGAUGAGAGGAGCACCUUUGUGGUGGAUGACUACAUUCCUUGCUUUCCUGGAACUUGGUAUGGGCCAGCUAGACCUGCAUUUGCAAACGGGACUGACAAGCUCUUCGCGCCAAUUUUGGAGAAAGCAUUUGCAAAGUAUUACGGAUCAUACUCAAAGCUGGAUGGCGGCGGCAGCACAUACGCUAUUGCGAUGAUGACUGGGGAGACACGCGGUCUCAACUUUGCAGCUUUGCAUGAGUACGACGACAAGAGCCACCGCUUUGAAGUCAUCAAGCAAGGUGGGCUUGCAGUCUAUCAAGAUAAGGAUCCUCAGAGCAAGAAGACAGGAGUUCUUCCUGAAGGCGUGACUUUGGAGAUUUGCGAAGUCCACGGCCAGCGCAUCAGCUUCGUCAACCCAGAGGGCAAUGAGAGCUUCCCCAACUCGGGUUGGAUCUCCAGCUAUGUGGCGGGCCGCCGGACGAUCAAGAUCACAGGUUGGUUUCGGUGGCAAAUGCGAGAGAACGUGGUCUCCUCCAUGGGUCAGAAGAUUGGUCAGGCGAAGCAGGUGGAUGACCCGUUUCGGAUGCUGGUAGAUUACGAUGCCCGCAACUAUCUCAUGACUGCGGGCAUUGUGGGUCCGGAAGCAUGGCGCCGGAAAUUUUACCAGGAUGGUCUUGUUACGCCGCACGCCUAUUCCCUGCUCAGCGUCAAGGAAGUCGGCGGGCUUCGCAUGGUGUGCCUUCGGAACCCUUGGGGACGCGGCGGCGGUAAGGAAUGGCUAGGUGGGUGGAAAGAUGGAGCUCAGGAGUGGAAAGCAAAUCCUCAAGUUGCAGAUGCGCUGGAAGUGGAUUUCAAAGCUGACGGGAUCUUUUGGUUGGAGUGGGAGGAUUUCCAAUAUCUCUUCAAGAGUUUCUACGUCUACCCCAAGGAGAUGCCGACGAAGCGCGGAGAUUUCAACCUCGGGGGGUCCAAGGAGCCCAUCACCCAGCUCGCAACCCCUUCAGAUGUUCCGCAACAACCGCGGGCGAAGGCAGAAGAUUCAACGAAUGCGGAAGCCGGCAGAGCUGAGAAGCCAGCGCGCCCCAGCCCGAAGGCCGAGGACGAGCCUACAUGGAACGAAAAGCAUCAGUGCAAUCAAACUUGGUGCUGAGACAUUUGACCGGCAUCGUUCGUCACCAAACCAGGGUUUCACCAGCAGCGAAAAGAUGCCAUUAUCCAUACAAAGCAAUUUGUUUUUUUGCCCGCUACUGCUGAUGUUUCACCUUCAGGGGCCCUAAAAAGGGUUCCUGCGAUUUGCGGUAUGUUGUUGUCUUAGGCACCACGCAAUCCAUGCGUGCUACCAGCGGUUGCCGCAAAAGUUUCUACCCUGCAUUCUUCU